ACGUUGUGUUGUUGUCUGAGAGGCUGCGUCCAUGUGAAAUGCAGAGGAAUGCUGCUGCCUGGCACAGCGCCCACUGCAGUCUGCACACCACACUGCUGAAAUCACGCAUCACUGGCUUCCCCUCUAAUUGGUUCCACAUUAGCUACCGUGGACAGCUCACCUGUUUUAAUUGGACUAAUAUCGCGACGGGUUGUCCGAGUGACGUCGAUGCGACUGGUCGACCACUUCCAAUCGUCAGAGGGAUAUCUGAGGAUAAGAACCCAAAACUGAUUACCGAAGAGGACUGCAGCAGUCGCGCAACCGAGAGACGUGCUGCUCACCAGGCCGACAGUCUGCGGUGGAGCAGUGUACAGGCAUCUCAGCCUGUGAAUGCUUGCAGGACAGAGGGCUGUGCGCGUUUCGAGAUGGACCAGCGGUGGUAAACAGCCUGGUGUAAUAAACCAAAAUUUGGGUGCAUCUGCUUUAUAUUUGAGAAGAACAGGGACAUUGACUUACUUUACGCGUGGGUAUAAACUCUGGAAUCAGCUGCUUUCCUGUCUAGAAGGCAGUGCUGGACGCGGGAGCUGCGCCAACGUUAUUCGUUGCAUUGGCUGGCACGCUGAGACCAUCAGCACUGAAGCCUUCAUUUUUUUGCGCAAGUGGACGGUGCGCCCCUGCGUUUGGAGCCAUGGGUUGUACGGUGAGCGCAGAGGACAAGGCUGCCGCGGAGAGGUCAAAGAUGAUAGACAAAAACCUCCGAGAGGACGGAGAGAAGGCAGCCAGAGAAGUGAAGCUGCUUUUAUUAGGUGCUGGGGAAUCUGGGAAGAGCACCAUUGUAAAGCAGAUGAAGAUCAUCCAUGAAGAUGGCUACUCAGAAGAUGAGUGCAAGCAGUACCGAGCAGUGGUUUAUAGUAACACCAUCCAGUCUAUUAUGGCCAUUGUUAAAGCCAUGGCCAGUCUCAAGAUAGACUACAGCAACCCUGGCAGAUUGGACGAUGCCCAGCAGCUCUUCGCCCUGUCUGCAGCUGCCGAAGAACAGGGCAUCUUUCCUGAUGAUCUGUCCAAUGUGAUGAGGCGUUUGUGGGGUGACAAAGGCAUACAGAGUUGCUUUGCACGAUCGCGAGAGUACCAACUCAACGAUUCUGCAGCAUAUUACCUGAAUGACCUAGAAAGGAUAGCUAAAGCAGAUUACAUUCCCACCCAGCAAGAUGUGCUGCGGACUCGGGUCAAGACCACUGGCAUUGUGGAGACUCACUUCACCUUCAAGGAGCUGCAUUUCAAAAUGUUUGAUGUGGGAGGCCAACGCUCAGAGAGAAAGAAGUGGAUCCACUGUUUCGAAGGAGUUACAGCGAUUAUUUUUUGUGUUGCACUGAGUGCUUAUGACCUGGUGCUGGCUGAGGAUGAGGAGAUGAAUCGAAUGCACGAGAGCAUGAAGCUGUUUGACUCCAUCUGCAACAACAAGUGGUUCACUGAGACCUCCAUCAUCCUCUUCCUGAACAAGAAGGAUCUCUUUGAGGAGAAGAUUACUCGCAGCCCUCUCACCAUCUGCUACCCAGAAUACACAGGAGCCAACAAGUUUGAUGAAGCUGCCAGUUAUAUUCAGACUAAGUUUGAGGACCUGAACAAGAAAAGGGACACAAAAGAGAUCUACACUCACUUCACCUGUGCCACUGACACUAAGAACGUGCAGUUUGUCUUUGACGCCGUCACUGAUGUCAUUAUUAAGAACAACCUGAAAGACUGUGGUCUUUUCUAAAGAGCAAUGCCCAACACACAAAGACUGCAUGAGAGACUGCGAGAGCCAUGUGAUUAUUACUGCUUUUCAUAAUGAAAACCAUAACAGACUUGAUUCCUAGAGGGGAACCUUAAAGAACGUAAACAAUCACUGAUUUGCCACCAUUACAUUCUCUGUCAAUUGUGUUAAUAUUUUUUGAUUUUAAAUAUGUUUUACUGCUCUUGAUCAAGGGUUCUCAUAAUGUUCAUAUGUAUUUAUAUUUAACCAUGGACCCCCUUUUCAGUUUUCAUAUUAGAUUUGUAGCCAAAAUUGUAUUAUCCGACUGGUUUAAAGCUUUAGUGCGUAACUUUUUUAUAUUAUGAACGCCCGUUACAUUCAAGCCAAUGCCAAAUGUGUUGCUACAAAGCUAAUUAAGAGGUUCAGAUCAAGUGAAGAUAAUUACCUCUUUGGAAGAGUCUGUCAUGUUUUUUUAAUCCACCUUGUCCUUCUUGGCUACUGGCAACUGCGUGGAGGAGGGGUGGGGUCGUGUGCAAUAAGUAAGACUUAUAUCAUGUGGACGCGUUGACAGUGUUUUUGUCAUUACUUAGAAUUCCUCAAAGGGGCAACAGAAACUACGCACUAUAGCUUUAAGUGGAAAAUAAUUGUUGGAAGAGGAAAACUAAUAAUAAGAACCCAUUAUCUCAUCAUGCCACAUAGCAAAUGUAAAUACAGCAAAAUUAAGUAUUUUUCAUCCUCAACAGGACUUUUAAGGACCAAUUUUGAACAGGAUUAUUAGUUGAUGAGUCUCAUUUUUUGGGUAUUCAGAACUCUUUUUGGAUUUUUUAUUUUACUUUCCGUAUUUGUCUUUAGAGUUAAUUAAGAAAAUACAGUACAACAAUAACUUUUCUAUAAAAAUUACAUUAACUUACGUUAGCUAAUCUUGGCAUUUUAUGAACCUUUUGACUGUACAGGGCUUAUUUUUUAGAAGAAAACAAACAAGCAUGGAGAAUGAAAAUGGAUAAAGGGAAACUAGUUUUUUGUACAAUGUUUACACAAAAUCAAUAUUCAUGGUUACACUAGUGCAUUGUUCUGCAUGUCCAUAGAUUAGCUAGUAACCCCCACAAACUGAAUAACAUUCCUUUAGUAACUUCUAUUUUAAAGAAACAAAAUAGAAGUGGUUAUGUGUCACUUUUAAGAUAUCUGCAAGAUUUUAAGUGCUUAUGUCUGUUUCUAACAUGGAUUAUUCCGUAAUAUUUGUUCCAUUUCAAGUCUUAUGUAUGUUUGUGCCUUGAUAUCUGUUUACACGUGUUCUUUAGAGACAUGCUAUUGCCAUAGUGUGAAUUAGGGCUAUUUCUACUCCACUUUGGUUCACAUAAAAAUUAACACAGAAACAUAGCCGUUCACUACUCUUAAGAUUAAAGUCAUUCACUUGUUACAUGUAAAGAAAAGUUUGCUCACAUGAUCUUUUAUUCUACGGAGUUAUGUGUCAAAAGAAAAUGCACGAAAAGCAUAUUAUUCUGUAUUCCUCCAUGUUUGGGCCAAACUCUACUUAAAAAAAACUAAAACAGAAUGUAGAAAGAGAACCAUAGAGUAGAAACAGAAAACAUUUGCUGAGGAAGAUCAUAAGAUGGGGUUUAAAAGCUCAGGAAAAGCCAAUAAAGAGACUUUGAGUUGACAUUAUGUCUUGCGUACUAAAGGUCAGAAAUGGUUUUCUGGGGAUUGCCCCUGAAAGUGUUUUGUGUCAUAUUUUAAAAAUCAAUAAACACAUAUUAGAAAA